AUGCAUGUGCAUUAUCCGAACUUCGUGUGCGGUUCUUGUGGCAACGGCUUCGUCAAUCAACGGAGCUAUCAAUACCACGCGAGCAGGCACGCCAACGGAGAACACAAGUGCGAGAAAUGUCAACGGAUCUUUGAUAACGACGCCAAACUAAAAGUGCACGAGAGAUCCAUACAUCAGGGAUUCAACAAACGAAACAAAUGUGACUUUUGCGAAGAACGCCAAGAAUUCAAUAAUUUCCAUUCCUUAAUUGAUCAUAUGCGAAAGCACUAUAGGAAUUUUAUUUGCGAUGUCUGUGACGAAGGCUCUUUAAGCUAUAACAGUAUGAAAACUCACCAGCUCGGGCAUAAUGUAGGCGAAUACACAUGUAAGGAAUGCAACGAACUCUUCAGUAGCACCCUUAAACUAAAGAAUCACACGCGAGUAGUUCAUCUCGGUAUUAAAAGAAAUAAAUGUGGCUAUUGUGGCGAAAAAUUCGCUGAGCUGAAUUGGAAGUUGGACCACUUAGAAAAAGUCCAUGGGAUUAAAAAGCCAGAGUUUAAAUGCACAGUAUGCAAUAAGAAGUUUUCAUGUUCGAAGAGUUUGAGGAACCAUAAGCGAGGAUUUCAUCUGAUGGAGAAAGAUCAGACUUGCCCGGACUGUGGCUUGAAAUUCUUCCAAAAACACACGUUGAAGCAUCACAUGACAAUCCACACGGGGCUGCGUGCGUUUAAAUGCGCGGUGUGUUCUAAGGCUUUCAGCAGGCGCUCCACUUUAAGGGAGCACAUGAGGAUUCACAAUAACGACCGUCGUUUCAAAUGCGAACACUGCAACAUGGCGUUCGUACAGAAAUGCAGUUGGAAGGGGCACAUGCGAUCAAAGCAUAGGGAAGAUGUCACAUAAUAAAAGUGAAUUUCCAUAAAGAAAAAUAAAAACAAAAUGAAUUGUUACAAUGCGA